AUGGUCGCAGAUGCUGUUCCUUACUAUGACACUCUUGUACUAUAUGCUACUGUGACGCUCUUGAGAUGCACGUCCGCGCGUGAGCGGUUCGGCCGUCACGCGUCGAGCAGUUGUGAAGGAAAAGUAGGCAGCAUUUCAGAAAUCUGCCCGAAAUGCGCAACUAAUUUCAAGCACAUUGAAGUACAGGAGGUGACGUUGCGAAAAAGCGGGAGCGCCGAGAAGCUUGGAUUGACUGUAUGCUAUAGCUCUGGUUCCGGCAGUGAGGACCUUGACACCGAGAUUUAUAUCUCGGAAAUAGUUCCUGAAAGUCUCGCAGCCCGAGAUGGCCGGUUACGAGAAGGAGAUCAAAUUUUGCAGGUCAAUGGCAAGGAUGUCGCGAACAAGGAGCAGACUGAGAAUCUGUUCGCCGAAACGAAAAAUGCAGUGACUAUUCUCGUCAGUCGAUGUGUAUAUCAAGACGAUGAAUACGAUGAUAGACACAUCUAUCAUCAGGAUUCGCCAUCGCUUUCGCUCCAAAACCUACCAGCAUAUCAGAAUAGUAUGAUCGAACAACUGAUCCAGCAACAGCAACAACAAACGGAGGAACGUAUUAAAAACAGUGAGGUAGACAAUUGCAUCUUGAAAGCGCCUCCACCCAUACCAUCUCAUACUCAGCAACAACAGCAACAACCACAGCAGCAGCAACUGCCGCUAUCGCAACAACAGCAAUCUGUUAAUAACUUUUCUACAAAUUUAUCAUCCACGUGCUCAUCGCAGAGCUCACACAAAUCCGCGGGCAAGAACGCGACCUUGCCAGAGCAUCGUACAGAAGAAUGCAAUAAGCAAUGGAUGCAGGAAUCGCUGAAGGAUUGUUUAAAGAGACUCGAGGAUAUAUCUCUGUGUGAUCAGCAAUCGAGUCCACUAGAGGCAACACCGUUAUCAGUGAAGCUCAUUGGGGCGUACUCGAGUCACGUGUGGAGUGAUUCCGAGCACAUCUAUGAAACAAUUCCAGAAUCAGAUAGCGAGCCAAUCUACUCAUCGCCAUACGAGCACCGUCAACAACAUUGGACGCAACAAACAAAUCAUCCCAUGACAACGCAACAUAACGGAACUGUACAGAACUAUUUGACCAGCGGUCAGCAAAAUCAGAAAUGGCAUUCUUCCUCAAAGAGCAACAGUUCCGGCGAAGAAAAAGAUAGCUCAAGCGCUUAUAACACCGGUGAAUCCUGUCAUAGUAAUCCUUUAACUUUGGAGCUGCAUGAGGGUGAGAAGGAUCAUUAUAAGAGCACACUGGUAUUAUGCUCGCCGAAGAUGCCACAGCAGCAGAAAAUCGGUUGCAAUUGUCCCAUGCUAGUGACGCCAACCGCAACGUUCGCAAUGACAAAACAAUCAUCAAAAAUUCAAAAUAUAAAGAAGAACUCAUCGUCGUCGCAUCAUCACAGAGAUCGCAACGAACCUUCGUCGAUGAACAUCAACACUAUGGCAGCUGAUACUAUGUACACGAACGUGGCAAAUUUACAACAAACAAUGAUGCUUCAACAGCAACUAUUCAAACAAGCACUCAAUCGCAAAAACUUCAUGACAUCUAAAGAGAUGUUUACAAGUGGUGUGAAGAAACCCAAGUCGUAUGAUAAUUUUCAAGCUCCAAAUCUCACACAAUAUCAGUUCGUUGGUAGUCAACAAGUAUGCACGUCUACUACUUGGAUACCAACAGAAGAUAAAAGCGAGGUGCAAAUGGAAUGGAAAGUGAAGAGGAGAGCGGACGGGACGAGGUACAUUGCCAGACGGCCAGUCAGGAAUCGGAUACUUCGGAACAGAGCAAUCAAGAUAACAGAAGAAAGAGCCGGUCACACCACCGAAGACGAUACUAUGUCGGAAAUGAAGGUCGGACGCUAUUGGAGCAAAGAGGAGCGUAAACGGCAACUGGAACGCGAGCGCAAGCAACGUCAACAGGAACUGAUACUGCAGCAGGAACAGCAGCAGAUACAACAGACUAAAGAUCUGGUGAUAUGGGAACAUACAGAGGACAAAGUGUCCAAAAAACCAUUGAACAUCGUCGAGCUAAGUUACAAGAAGAUGGUGCGUAAAAAAACACUGGAUGAUUUUACCACCGUCCAAGAAAUGUUGGUUCACGGAAAUAGAGUGGGCACAGGUGGAUCUAACAUGGGCGGGAAAUUAAUGGGUCUACUGUCGGUUACCACGGUGUAAGUAGACCCGCGUAUAUCCUUCAUAAAAACUAAUCAGAUAUUGAAAUUCCGGAAAUGAAUACAAGGAUGUUUUACGGACACAAAUAUGUGAAUGACUUUCAUACGCCGAAGAAAAUUUGAAAUCUUUGAAUAGCGUAAUACUCAUCUCGAAUUAUCUUUUAUACCAACCUCUCGCCUGCAAAAAUGUGCCUCACACACGUCGCGAAGGCAAUGUUAUAAAGUUGCAAUAAAGGACGCAACACAGAUUUUUGCAUAACAUUUUAUAACGCAUAAGGUGUAAGGCAUAAAAAAUUAAGUAAUGAGAAUAUGAAAUAAAAGACUCUGAUUAACUUUCUUGUGCCUCAUAUGUUACGCAAGAGUUGAAGCAAAAACCUUUGCAUAAAACUUAAUGCAUAAAGCAUAAAGCAAGAAAAAAUCAACAAAUCAGAGUCUUUUAUUUCAUGAAAAGGAAGGAAUUUUGAUUGGUUUAUUUUCUUAUGCAUUAUACGUUGUGCAAGAUUGUGCUCCCGUCCAAAGUGUGUACACCUUAUAGAGGUUCUACAAUCAGUCAAUAGUCAGUAAUUGGAAGUCUCAACCUUAAUCGUGAAGUUAGCUAUUAGCCAACUUCAAUUAAGACUUUCGAUUACUGACUUAUUCUAAAACUCCAGUUAAAGUGGAUAGCACAGACUCUUGCAUAACGUAUAAGAAAAUCAAUUAGAGUUCUUUAUUUCAUAAAAAGAAAGAAAAUAAAGGACACUUAUUAAUUGAUUUUCUUGUGCAUUACGUUUUGUGUAAAAGUCUAUGCUCGGCUUAAUCCUUUCGAGAGUUAAUGAAAAAUUUCAAAAAAGCAUUUAUCAAAAUUGUC